GAGGGGGGAAAGUAGGUUAAGGAAAACUCAGCAGCGGCUGCCUGGGAAGAGGGAUAGGGGUUUGGAAUCGUGGCGGGUCUUUUUUGCUGCCGGGAGCUGGAAAAUCCCAGGGCUUGCAGCCAAAAAGCCCUGCGGGAGCCGGGAUGCUGCGGUGAGGGGCUGCCCCCCGAAACCGCGCUGGGAUGAGGGGCUGUCCCCCAAAAUUGGGCUGGAAGGAGGGGCUGCACCCCAAAAAUUGGACUGUGAUGAGGGGCUGCCCCCCAAAAUUGAGCUGUGAUGAGGGGCUGCCCCCCAAAACUGGGAUGGAACGUGCCGCUGCCCGCGUUUGGCGGGAUCCCAGCGCUGCCUCUGGGAUCAGUGGAUUUUAAUGCUGGAUAUUUGUGGCGGUUCCGCUGUUCCCACAGCUCCGAGGGGGCCCCGGGGGAGGCGACAGCGCCGAGUUUCGCUCCAUCUGCCGGACAAUCCCCUCCUUGUCCCGCGCUGCCUCCAAGAGCUGCUCCCCAAAGUUUUCCCGAACAGUUGCUCCUUUUCAGCUCCGUUUAUCUGCAGGAGCCAUCGGCUGAAACCCUGUUCCCGCACAGGGAGGGAAACCCAGGAAUCCCAGUGGGCAGCCUUGGAUUACAGGCUCUAUUAAAGCAGGAAUGGGAAUAAAAGGCUUCUGUGACCCAGAGGGAUUUUGGGGGAGGGUUCUGAAACCAAGUCACCUUUCCUGCUGCGUUUGCGUGGAUGCACCAGCCAGGUGGGGUGUGGGGGUGCUGGAGGUCUCCAAAAAGCAGGUCUGGCCCUGAUGGGGUUAUUUUUUUGGUUUCCCGUGGUUUUUGGAGGGACAAAUUAUGUUGGCUUUAGGAGUUUCAGGGCUUCUCUCUGCUGUGCCAGGGCAGCCGGGCAUCCCAUGAUCCUGCAUCCCACAUCCUCACCUGGGAUGGCCCCUGGCGGCCCCCAAAACCGGCUGAUGAGCCCUGGGGUGGCCGUGACUCGGCAAAGCUCCAGUGCCAACCAGGAGCUGGCACCGUUUGAUCCUUGUGCCUCCUACAUCCCUAUUGGUCACCUAAGGGAUGUCCUUAAUCCCUGGAUUAAGCCUGGCCUCAGAUCUGCUUUACCUGGGGCCAGCCCUCUUCCUGGUGGGGUUUAAAUCCCUUUGUGGGCAUCUGGAAUUCUCUGGGGAGCCGGGAUGCUCCGGCAGCCUGGGCUGUGCCAGCCUGUGGCAUCGUUCCCGAGGUGCUUGAAUCCCACAGCCCCAGAGGAUUAAAAUGCUUCACAUUAGGCUUGAACUCGAGUUUUACUAGUGCUGGCUUACAGUUUUCCUCCCUCUGCUUGAGGGGCACAUCCCAAAUGCCGGGGGGAUUCCAGAGGUGGGCUGGUUGGCUCCGUGCUGGCACCUGAGGGGUGGAGGAACUGGAGCACAGAGGAUGCUCAUUUUGGGUUGUCCCAACCCACAUCCCAUAAAUACCUGGCUCAGCCCCCCCAGUACCCCCUCUCAUGUUUAAUGAGCUGCAUCUCAGGCCACUAAUUAGUACAAACUCGUCAGGCAGAGGCUGUGCCGAGGCUCCCACGGGACCGUGACGACCGGGGGAGUUUCCAUGCGGGCGGCAGGAUUUCCAUGAGGAGCCUGGAUCCGGGUUUGGGUUGUUGGUUGUGUUUUUCCUUCCUUCCCCCCAUCCCCUGUGCUCUCAGCUUAGAUUUUUAAUUUUAUAUUUUCCUGUGGGAAACACCUUUUGUUUCACUCCAGUUUGUGUUUGAAUAUAUAUUUAUUUCCUUUUUAGUGACUUCAUUUCCUUGUGGCAGGUGCACAAGGAUUUCCUCCGGAGCAGGGAAAACCUUCCUUUAACUUUAUUUAGCGUCAUCUGCUCCUUGCAUGGGUGGUGUGACUCCAUUGCAGGGGUUGGUCCCUCUCCAGUUUGGGAUGGAGUUGGGAUCUGAUGAUGCCAGGCAUCCCAUAAAUCCUCCAAUAAAGCUUUUUGGGGGAUGGUGCAGGGAUAUUUAGACAGAUGCCUUGGAGCAUCCCAGUGGGGGGAAAUGGGGCCCCCAAAUUGCUUCUCCACUGGGAUUUUCCCUGGAUGAUGACCCCCCCAUGCUCCCCCUUGGGCAGGUGUCCCCUGGUGAUGAAGAGGAGCGGGAUGCGCUGGUGGCUUGUCACCGUCCUGGGGGUGCUGAGCAGACUCGUGGGGGCCGAGAGCUGGAAUUCCCGGGAGCACAGGACACCGGGAUGCCCUCCCGGGGAGGAGCCCAGCGGGGCCGGCGGCGGGUCCGCAGCCCCGAAACGCCGGGAAGGGCACCGGGAACCAACGGGACACGGGUGACCCCGAGGGGGGAGGAAGAGGAGGAGGCGGCGGCGGCGCAGGCGGCCGUGCUGACCAUCGUCCCGGUCUUCUGUGCCAUGGGAUUGCUGGGAAUCCUGGUGUGCAACCUGCUGAAGAAGAAGGGGUACCACUGCACCGCCAGCAAGGAGCCCCAGCCCGGCGGCACCGGUCCCAGCUCCAUCUACCAGCUGGAGGAGGCCAACGAGGACACCAUCGGGGUGCUGGUGCGGCUCAUCACUGAGAAGAAAGAAAACGCGGCGGCGCUGGAGGAGCUGCUGAAGGAGCAUCGCAGGCAGCAGCUGAUGCCACCGAGCUGGGCCCCCCUGCACAAGCUGCACCUCCUGCCGCAGUUCGCCCCCUCCUGUCACCACCAGCAGCACCCGCACACGGUGCAGGGCCCGGCCCCCUGCGCACGCUGCACCCAGAAGUGGCCGGAGGUGCUGCCACCUCCCGGGGCCACCAAGGUCCCCAAGCCCGGCGAGGUGACCAUCCUCUCCAUCGGCAGGUUCCGCGUGUCCCGGAUCCCGGAGCUCAGGAGCGAGGCGGGGGCUGAGCCCCUCCGGGGGCCCCUCCCCGGCAGCGGGAUGAGACCCCCGUGGCUGAAAAGCACCGAUGGCACCCCAGAGGUGUCUCCUGGCCCGGGGGUGGCCUCGGGGGGACAGUGACACCCACACAGACCCCUGGAGGACACGGGGCGUUGUGUGAGGCCAGUCCCACUCAGAGCCACGAGGAGCUGGAGGUGCAGCUCGGCCUCUGCUCCUGCCACCGAGGUGUCCAGUGGCAGCACAGCAAAUCCAAGGUCCUGCCCAGGUGGUGGGAAGGAUUCCCCGUGCCGAGGUGGCGGCCUGACGGACACGAUCUCUGGGAGCCACGGCACAGCUCCGUUGGGAGCCACUGGAUGUCAUCCACGGUCACCUCCUGGGUCUGUUGAGCUGAAGCCCCUCCAGGACCACCACGAGCUCCUGAUUUCCCUCCAUCACCAGCUGCCAGGAUAACAACAGCCACUGGAUCACAGGAUAACUCCCACCUCGCCAACAACCUCACUGGGCAUGGAUUGCUCCGGGCAAAGCUGGUCUCCUGCCACCAUCCACCCUCUAUCCGAAGUCUCCACCAGCCCAGGAGAACACGGUGGGGAUGCUCCCCAUGAAGGCCACACACUUCACUUCCCACAGGAGCUGUUUCCAUAGGAUCACACUGGGAUCAUCGGGACAACCCACCCAAGGUUGGGCUGGAGACCAUCAAGCUCCACCAUCGCCCCAGCAGUGGGUUCAUGGUCCAUCCCAUUCACUCCCCCCAUCACCUCCCUGUGCCAAAAAAAAAAAAAACCACCCCGACCACCAAACCCCGUCGGGCUUCUUUUAUUUAUUUAUUUCAUUUUUUUUUUAUUUUAUUUUUUUUUAUUAUUGACUUUUUUUUUUUUUGGAAACAAUUUCAUCGUUCUCGAAUGUUCUACAUCUGACAGGAAACAUCGGACAGUUACAAACUCUUGGCUGGGAUCUGUCAGGGAGAUCACGAAACCUGAUCUUCAGAACCGAAACCAGAACAGAAAACAAACGGGAAAACAACCCCGAAUUCCAGAUGAACAAACUGAGGCUUGGAGGGGGGGGGAGGCUCUCCAGGGCAGCAGCUCCAGGCCAUGUUCCCUCCACACCUUGGAGGCUUGGAAGACGUGGUUACUCUUGGGUUUAAAUUGUUUUUCUUUUGGUAUAUUUUUGGGGAUUUUUUUUUUUUGUAUUUAUUUUUGUUUAAAAGGUCCAAUAAUAUUUAAAACCGAG